UGUGUUUGUUUUAAGGUUAAGUUCAUAUACCCCUUGGACGUUCUGGAAUUUGAAAAUCGUUUGAUAUGAGGUGACAGAUUGCGUUGUUCGCUCUCAGAGUCAGAGAGGAACCAGCUGUAAGAGAUUAUGUCAGUCCAAGUUGCAGUGGUUACAGGCUCAAACAAAGGUAUUGGUCUGGAAAUCGUUAGAUCACUGUGCCACCAUUUUGGACAAAAUGGCGUCGUUUACCUGACGGCGCGUAAUGAAGGGCGUGGCCGAGCAGCCGUAGAGCUCCUUCAGAAAGAGGGACUCAAUCCUAGGUUUCAUCUUCUUGACGUCACUGACCAGAGUAGUAUCGAUACACUUCGGGAUCACCUGGAGAAGGAGUACGGCGGGAUCGAUGUUCUUAUCAACAAUGCUGGCAUCGAUCCAUCUAGAGAAAACAUUGCAUUCUAUGAAAAGUCAUGCCAGGUUAUGGACACGAAUUUCUUCGGACUUCUAAAUGUCUGCAGGAGUCUCUUUCCUUUGGUUCGUUCUAACGGAAGGAUUGUGAAUGUGGCCAGUACAGCAGGUUACAUGGUGUUUAGGGAUGAAAUGAAUGGAGAAAUCAGGAAUAGAUUUAGAAAGGUUAAAGAAGAGCAGGACGUUAUCGAUCUCAUGAACGAAUAUCUUGAAUGCAACACUGCAAAACUAAAUGUAACAAGGGAAGGGGGAUGGGGUGAGUGGUCUUAUGGAGUUGGCAAACUCGGUGUGAUCUUACUUUCCAAAAUACAAGCUGAAAACAUAGCGCAGGAUGAAUCCAGGCAUGGAAUACUACUCAAUGCAUGUUGCCCUGGAUUUGUCAACACCGACAUGACAGCUGACCUGCCGGCACACAGCUACGGAGCCAUCAAGAUUUCUGCCGUAGAGGGCGCCGAUACCCCAGUUUUCCUAGCUCUGCUCCCUUCCAAAGCUCAGGAGCCAAGUGGAAAGUUCUUUUUAAGAAGGAAAGAAUAUGACUUCGUGAACACAGACGUGUCUGUACAGAUUUGAAUGUUUAUAGAACAUGGGGAUUAAAUAUGAAAUUCAAUUACGAAAUGCCCUAAUUCCACAGUUGCAUUUUUAUUUACGAUGGCAUCGGUAAAGACAAAGGUUUAUAGUUUUCAUGGUUUUAUGCCUACCUUUGCGUGUAUGCCUAUGUUUGGCAGUCUAUGUUUGGGACACAGACAUUUGGGGGGCGUUAAUUGUCCAAAACAGAUCAUCUAUUAUUUGUUAAUCCAUGCAAGGAUGUUUUUACUGAAAUAGACCCUGCUAUAUGACGCCUGAAAGGAAAUUUACGAAAUAUUAUAUCCCCCCCCCAUUGCUCUAACGAUUCCAAUUGAUAAUUAUGUUUCAUGAAAGUGUAUGCCGUAAAACAUAUAUAUAAGGGCAUCAAAUGAAAUGUGUUUUAAAGGAUCCUGCAAAUUACUUAGAAUCUUAUCAAGAUCAGCCAAGAGGCCGGUCAAAAUAAAUGUGUGAUACUAAUUUUUUCAGUACAUACAGUAUGUGCUUUGGUUUUAAGGAUUUAUGGGCUUUGUCAAGAGCGUUCUGCUAUCCAUUCCCCCUUAAAAAGGAUUGGUCAAAGCAUUCAAUCUUCUUCUCCUGCUCUGCUUGUUUCUCCUCCUCCUUCUCUUCUUUGCC